AUGAAUACGACCACUGCUACCUUCGUCUGGAUCGCCCUGUGUUUCUGCUUGUCUUCGUUAGCCAUUCCGGUGCCAGACCAACGACUUCGGCAGACCAACCGCGUUGCCGCUGUUCCUGCGGCGCCCGACAGCGUCGCUGCCGAUGCGUCCGACCAACCGUUCGAUCCGACCCUGGACGCCUUAGCGGACGCCAAGUACGACGAACCCACCUCCGACGACGAGAACAAAAACGGUGGAACCGAGGACAGGGAGAAGCGGCAGUUGUCCUUCGUCCAGGGCAAGCUGUUGAAUUUUUUGAAACCGUUACCGGUGGUCGAUGUGACUAAAGAAGAUGAGAAAUACGGCAACGACGGUGACAAGUUUAACAGGAUCGGAAGAGGUAUUAUCGGCGGCGUGGAAUCCGUGUCCAAUAUGCUGACCUCGGCGCUUUCGUUUCCAGUGGAUACCGCUAAAAAAUUAUCCAGGUCAGCUACGGAAGCGUUAAACAAUUUAGGUGGAAGAUUAAUAGGACUACAAUGA